AUGUCUAUUCAAAGUCAAGAAGAUUAUAUAAGAUUUGAAGGGUUAUGUCAAGAUUCCUUUCAAAAGCCCGAUGAAGCCAUCAGAAUCGAAGAGAUACUUCAAAACUAUUUCCUCAAUCCCAACUUUCUUAUAGACUAUAAAAAGUUGUUACAGUACUCCAAGAAUAGCUAUGUCAUUGCACAAGUUGCCAGAGGUUUACUUCGUUGCAUCACUCAGUAUUGGAAUUCAAUUCCUUCACCUCAAAGACAAGAGAUUAAAUCAAAUGUUUGGUUGUAUAUUGAAUCAUUACCAACGAUUGAAACAUUUGCAUUGAUAUCAAUCAUCAAGUUGUAUUCAAGAAUAUUAAAGUUUACAUGGAAUGAAGAUAAUGUUAGAAAUCAAUUUAUGGAGUCUUUACAAGCAAUGUUAAAGUUAUCACCAGAUCAUCAUUCAAUUGGAUUGAAAAUGUUAAAAGAUAUUAUUGUAGAAUUUAGUGAUCAAAGUGGAGAUCAUUUACAAUCGGCUCAACACCGUAAUCUCUCCAUAUCACUACGUGAUCAUGUUUUAAUGAAAUUCUAUUCAACUUCAUUGGAUUCUUUAAAAACAAUUCUUGGUAUUGCAAAUAUUAAACUUGAUAAAGUUCAUGAAAAGAUUAGAGAUAAUGCAUUAGAAUUAAGUUUUGCAUGUUUAUCUGUUGAUUUUAUAAAGACAAGUUCGUAUGAUACAUCAGAGGAAAUAUUGACAGUUCAAAUACCACUUCCAUGGAAACCUUUAUUUGAUGAUCCCAAUACUACACAAUUAUAUUUCAAGAUCUAUCGUCAAUGGCAUUGCACCAAGGCAUUGGAAUGUCUUACUCAAGUUGCAUCGAUUCGUAGAUCAUUAUUUAUGACCGAGGAUGAAAGAACUAAAUUCCUCACCAACAUUUUCAGAGGUAUCCUUGAGAUUCUCCAAACCAACACUGGUUUGAAUAAUGAUAACAAUCAUUUGGCAUUUUGUCGUGUCUUGGAAAGAAUCAAAACAAAUUAUCAUUUCAAUCAAUUGGUUGUAAUUGAAGGUUACCAAGAAUGGAUUUCAUUAUUAUCUCAAUUUACUACUCAAACUUUAAAUAAUCCAAAUUUUUCUCCAAACAGUGUUUAUUGUUUACUUUCAUUAUGGGCAAAGUUUGUUGCAUCAUUGAUAUAUGUUAAAGGUGAUCCAAACAAGACUUGUUUAGAUAAAUAUACUCCUGCUAUUAUGGAAACAUUUAUUAAAAGUAAAGUAGAAGCAUCAGUUGAAGAGGAAGAAGAUGAAAAUUUAGUAGAUUAUGAAAAAAUGAUUGGAUUAUUAGAACAUAUUCCAUUCCUUGGUAGAUUAGCCUAUAAAACAACUUGUAGUCAAAUCCUCCAAAUAUUUGAUACAAUAUUACAAAGAUUUUCUUAUGAAAAUAAUAUAAAUAAUUUAAUGAUACUUGAAAGACAAUCAGCAUGGUUAAUAUAUAUUAUUGGUAGUUUGGUGACUGGUAGAACUGGUGUAAAUGCAUCUGAAGAGUAUGACUUUUUAGAUGGAGAUUUAGCGGCACGUGUAUUUAAAAUGGUCGAUCUUUGUGAUAAAAGAGUUCAACAUGAUCCUGGAUACAAAACAAGACAGAGUAGAAUAGCUCUAGAGUUGUCAAUCAUCUAUUUUAUGCAAAACUAUAGAAAGGUUUAUAUUGGUGAUAAUUCAUUAUCAACUUCAAAGAUUUAUAGUAGAUUAUCUGAAUUAUUAGGUCAAACAGAUCAUAAUACUAUUUUAAUUUCAAUUAUGAGAAAAAUUGGAUUUAAUUUUAAAUAUUGGGGAGAAGUAGAAGAUGUAAUUAAAAGAAGUUUAGAUAUAUUUUGGGAUAGUGUAAAUGGUUUGAAUACGGCAAAGAUUAUUGUAAAUACACCUAUUACAUCAGAGAUUCUUAAAAAUCAUGGACCAGAGAUGUUCCCAUUUAUGGAAAACAACUCUAAUAGUAGACAUCGCACAACACUCUACAAAGCGAUUGGUAAGCUACUCUUUUCAGACGACAAUAUCCAAUACUUUGAUGAAUUUGUUGCACCAUUUGACGACACUUUUGCAAAGCUUUCAAGUAUAGCUACCAUCGAAGGAUUCAGAACUGCAGAGGUUCAGAAACGAAUCACUGGCAUAUUUAGAGAUCUUCGAGGUAUUGCCUGCUCUGCUCUCACAAAGAAACAUUUUGCAGUCUUUUACGAUUGGGUGUCACCAAAGCUCACCGAUUUGGUGUUAAAGAUCUUUAAGAGUUUGGCAGAUUGUCCAGAGGUUACUGGACCAGUUUUAAAAUUCUAUUCAGAAUUUUUAUUCAAUAGACAAUCACGUCUAAACUUUGAAGCUUCAUCACCUGCCGGCUAUAUACUAUUUAGAGAAACUAGCAAAAUCUUAACUUGCUAUGAUUUAAUUGAAAUGAUUCAAUAUGAUGAUAGCACUCUACUUCAAGAAGAUAAAGAAAAUAUAUUAAAGACAUUUGGAUCAUUAAUAUUAACAUUAAAUUGUAGUAAAGAGAAUUUAUACAAAUACAAAUUAAAAGGUAUCAAUACUGUAAUGCUUAUAUUUGUUAGAAGUUUGGUUGGUAAUUUCUGCAAUUUUGGAGUGUUUGAAUUGUUUGGUGACAAGUCAUUCUCUAGUCUUUUGGAUGUAAUAUUCCAACUUUUACUCUCAAUUACAUUGGAUGAAUUGAUGAGUUUCCCAAAGGUCUCCAAAACCUACAUGAUACUAGUCGAAACUCUUGCCAAUAAUCAUACUCAAAUUUUAAUAGAUAUGAAUACAAAAUAUUUUGUUCAAAUUAUGUAUUCUAUUUUAAAAUCUGUUGAUAGUCAAGAUACACAAUUUUCAAAUCAAGCAUGUAUUGCAUUGGAUAAAAUUAUAUCACUAUGUCAUCAAUAUUCAAUUAGAAAAAAGGAUGUUGUAUUAUUCAAUAAUUGUAAACAACAUUUUAUUGAACAUCCCAAUCUUUUGCCUCAAAUCAUCGAUAAACUAUUCUAUGGAAUCAUUUAUGAAGAUAAUUUGAAUCAAUGGUCCAUUUCAAAACCUUUAUUAGGAUGUGUUAUAUUUUCACCAGAUAUCUAUUUACAGAGUUUUAAUUCGAUUAAAUUAAAAUACAUACAAAUGAAUCCAAAUCAUCAAGAAAAAAUUGAAGAAAUAUUUACAAGUUUGAUGCAUGAUAUUCUUAAUAAUUUAGAGUCAAAGAAUAGAGACAAAUUUACUCAAAAUAUUGCCAUAUUUAGAAGAGAAAUGAGACAACUUGGUACACAUGGUCCAACAACCAUAUUAACUCGGUCAAUUUAA